UGAAGGUUACUGGUUGCAUGAAAUAGCUGAUGUGCGCAAAACUAAAAACGUAUAUGCUUGAUUCUGCAGAUUCUACUAAAAUGGAACAGAUCACACAAAACAAGGAUGCUGUUCAUGGUCCUUUGAAGACUCAGAAGGAUAAGGUCCAAGGAAAGGCUGUUGAUGUCCUUCCCCAAAAAGUGUUGUAUGAUGUCAAAGUUGACAGAAUAAAUGUGGCAACAGCAGAUUCCCUCAUUCCAGAAGAUCCUGCUUCACAAUCAUUUGUUUCUCCACUAAGGGAAGAGAAUGCACUAGCAUCAGGCAGUGAUGAUGAGAAAAAUGACAGUGCUGUUCAGCCAGAAGUUAGUACAGAAGCUAAGAGAACCACUUCCUCAGUAAAAGUUACUACAGAAGACAAGGGGAAAACUCAGAUUAGCGAUGUUGUUUAUGACAAGGCACAGGAUAUCGAAUCUCUUGCAUCGAUUGAGUGCUUGGAACUGCAUUUUGAAGCAAAGAUGAUAGAAUGGGCCAAUGAGAACUGCUCCAUCAUUCUAGUUGAAUACAGGGAGCCCAUCAUGUCAAGUACCAAGGGGGACACUACAGAUGGAAACCAGAGUGAACAUUCAGAGAAGAUAAUAUGCCAAAGUGAGCAAUCUUAUGAGAAGAAACUAUUCCCAGAGGUUGGCACAUGUAACACAGAUAUUGUUCAAGCAAUAGUUGAAGGCCGUGAUUCUCAUAUCACUGGUUUAGAACUGGAAGAUGUGACCCAUGUGGCCAUAGAGGAAACAGAUGAUCUGAAGAGAUCUUUGGGGUCUCGUAAGGUUAUAGGACAUGUGAGCUUUGAGAAAAUCCUUGAUAUGGGACUGUUCAUGGACCCCAGGUAAUGACAACUGCAUCUGUUUUUUUUUUCUUUUCGAAAACAUAUAACAAUUGGCAUUUAUAUACAGCAAAUUAAUCAAGUUUCUUAUUUGCAGUAAGCUAAUAAAUAUUAUUUUUCCUAAUUUGUUCCUUUUGCUUUAGAAGACAUCUCUCUGCAACAGGCUACUUUCAGAUGACACAAGCAUUGAUGCUUGAUGGUCAAUCUUUGUAUGUCCAUUUUUCACAUCUUCUUGCUAUGGGUAUAUGAAUUAUUGUACUGUGUGUGUCAAGGUGUCAUCUAGAUGCCUCAUCUAAUGCUAACCACUAAAUGUGCGAAGGUGUCAUCUAGAUGCCUCAUCUAAUGCUAGUAAUUUUGAAUGGUGGUUCUGUUAUUUUGUGAAAUGGAAACAAUUAAACAAGGCGACAAUCUGAAUGUUUUAACUGUAUUUGGGGAAUUGGUUGUGAUUUGGAUUUUAGAAUAAUUUGAAUUUGUGUGAUGUUAAGAACCUGAUUUGAUUCUACUCUACUCUUGCUCUUUCCUACCUUUUAGAGUCAGAUUAUACAUCCUUAGAACAAUUAUUGGUUUGUUGAUAAUAUCCAUCGUUCUGGCCAAAGUCAAUUCACUGUAGCAUAGUAUCAUUCACUAUUCUUUGGCUACCUCUCUUUUUGGUGAAGAAUCACAAUCUCCUUAAAAAAAACCUUCACUCUGAUAUUUAGCCAAGAAAGAUGUGCUAUUGUUUACAUCGAGCUAUAUGAGCUGAAGUCUUAUGUCUGCUUUGAUCAUUUUUCUCUCUAAUCUUCAGCUCUGGCGACAAAGAUAAUUCGCAUAGUCCAGUUGGUGUUGUUGAGCACCAGGGCCUAAGGGGACCUCUGAAUUUUCUAGGAGCUACAAAUUUCAGAGAGGUCAUCGAGUAAAAGCAGCAAGUUCUAUUGAACCACCUGAUGUCCGAAUCAAAUCUUUCUUAUCUGCACUACUUGCCACAAUAAGGAUUGGGCAGCUGGUUUUUCUAUCCUUAUAUGAUUCAGUUCUCAGCUGGCUCCCGUGCGGCUUCUUUUGGAGAAGAGGAGGGCCACAAGCCCCUGAGCCUGAAUUUAGCUGGAUCUCUGUUAUGGGUGAUCCCGUUAUUAACACUGAUGGUAAGUGUUGCUAUCAAUGCUUUCAUUUUCAGUUAUUCCUAUCUUUAUAUGGAUCAUUAAUUGAAUGAAUUGUUUUUAUUUUAGGAAGCUGCACCAUCGCAGCUGCCACAGUGUGCAUAGAGGCCCAACACAGGUUGGCCUUUGAACGGCUGUACGGAAAAGGUUCUUUCCCAUGCAAAGCUAAAGUGCCUAAAGAACUGAAGAAGGCCUGCUACCGUCAAGGGAUUUGGAGCAGCGAGGAAGGGGCCUGGACUCCCGACGUUCUUUUAAUGAUAAUGGAGAAAGGCGGUAUCCUCACGCAACGAGUACCGAAUAACAUCCAGCUUGCAAUUGAUGGAUUUUUUUGGCUAGAGAGAAAUGUAGCUUUUGGAAAACUUGAGUUUAUGCGCCUGCUGUAUGCCUAUGGUCCUCUUCUCAGCACCCUUUGGACAGAUGAUGGUUAUGCACAAACGUUUGGAGACCGUGUCUACAGAGGGCUACAAAAGGAUCCAGAUUCGGGGGACCAUCAUUGCGUUGUCUGUUUUGCAUACCGGGUUGACAGCAGGACAAAUGAGCUCUACGUUAGAAUUAUGGACAAUUGUGCAGAUGAUGGACCUAUCAGAUGGGUAUUAUUUGAUGUGUUCGAUAGCUUCUACGUUCCACUGAUAAAAAAAUCCUAUAGAGCCUCAUGAACUACGGAGAAAGAAGAAGAAGAAAGAGCAUAGUAUCUUUGCUUACGCUUCCAGUUAUUUCUCCACAUUGAAGAGAAACAUUGUUGGAUGGGCUGUUGGUAGAGAGAUUAGGAGAUAUUAUUAUCCUCCGAAGCAGAGGAAUGUAGUUCUGUGUUGAUAGAAGUUGACUUCUGGAGAUAUCCUUUAGAGAGAAGUAACGAUGUUGUUCUUGAUAAUGCGUUUAAUUUUCUUUCUUCCCCUGUUUGUUGGAUAGACAUGCAAUUAGUAUAGUAGGACAUGUGCAAGUAUAGAAACUGAGAAAGAUGAUUGUAUAGCCGCUGGUACAGCUUGGU